AUGGUGUCUCUCAAGCCUCUGCUCAAAGAGGGAUCUUACCACUGCUAUAACAGCGGAGGGAGUACAGCGUGGUGUGUGCUGGCGGGGCGCUGCAGCAGGACAUGGCAUCUUAUAAAGUCUACCAAUAAGAGUGGCGGUGUCAACGUGUACAGAGAGCAUCGCGCUGUUGACUGGCGGGCGGCGGGCGGCGGCGGCGACCGCUUUGACGACAGCAAACAUGGGCAAACAAAGCUCUUCAUAUUAGAACAAGAAGCGAACAAACACGCGGUUCCUGGUAGCGGCACCCGGCGCGCCACUGCACCGCCCGCGCCUCUACACACGCCUUCCUGUACCCUGUCUGUUGAUCUACAAAGUUCCGACGGAUAG